AUGGGAAAGAUCACCUUCUAUGAGGACCGGGGCUUCAAGGGCCACCGCUACGAGUGCAGGGGCGACCAUGCCAACCUGCAGCCCUACUUCAGCCACUGCAAUUCGGUGCGCGUGUACAGCGGCUGCUGGAUGCUGUAGGAGCAGCCCGACUACCAGGGCCUCCAGGACCUCCUGUGGCACGGGGACCACCCCGACUACCAGGGCCGGAUGGGCCUCAGCGACUCUGUCGGCUCCUGCCGCCUCCUCCCACAAACAGGCUCCCACAGGAUUCGGCUGUACGAGAGCGAAGACCACAAGGGCUUCAUGAUAGAGCUGAGUGAGGACUGCUCCUGCAUCCAGGACCGCUUCCACCUCAGUGAGGUCAGCUCCCUGCACAUGCUGGAGGGCUGCUGGGUCCUCUACGAGAUGCCCAACUACUGCAGGUGGCAAUACCUGCUGCGACCCCAGGAGUACAAGCGGUACCACGACUGGGGCACUGUGGAUGCUAAGGCAGGCUCUUUGCGGAGGGUGGUGGAUUUAUACUAA